AGCUUUGCAGCGCAUACAGCCGACAUUCUGUUGGGCAAGUACACAUAUCAGGGUGAGGAGAACAAAGAACUCAAAGCAGGCAUUCGCGCCAUGUCAAAUAAUCUCGAUGUCGUCAUUAAAUCUUUUGAGGCUGAUAUUGCCUACGCCUUUGACACAGUGUUUGGGCAAUGCGACGAGUGGGUGACUGUGGAUCAGGUCUGGCCCACCACGUUUCGCCUUGCCUCUAUCUUGAGCUCGCGCCCUUUCCUAGGGCGAGAGCUCAGUCGUGAACCUAAGUGGUUUGCUGCCAUGACAGACUAUGUACAGAGCCUGAGUAGCUGCGUCGGAAGCUUAAGGCCUGUGCCCGCAAUCAUAAGGUUCUUCUUCGAAUCACGCAUCCCCCGCAUCAAAAAUCUGGUCAAGACUCGUGACCAUAUGGAAGAUAUGAUGAUGCCAAUCAUUCAAGAUCAUUUGAAUCGCUAUAUUGCAACAGGUAGAGAAUCCAAGUCUCGGCGCACUGCUACCAUUAGUGACGAUGGGGGCGAGCUUCUCGACUGGAUGAUUCCUGAGUAUCCAAACCCGAAUGCCAAAAAGCUGGCGCGCGACGAGAUCACUAUCAUCCUAGAGUCGGUCAUGAACAUUUCGUCUGGGCUCAGCCAUUUGAUGUACAAUAUCGCCAAGUACUCAGAAUAUCAGGACCCAUUGCGAGAGGAGUAUCAGGAGGUGAUGAAGACGACCAAUGGGCUAAGCAAGGCAGCACUCUUCAAUAUGAAGAAGAUGGAUAGCUUUAUGAAGGAGACACAUCGAUUGAGCCCUCCAUCAUUGAUGGCGAUUAUGAGAAAGGUCAUUGAUCCGAGAGGCAUGCAGCUUUCCGUUGGGCCGCGCAUCCCAUGUGGCACGCUUUGUGCUGUUAGCGCCGAUCGUGUCAACAUGUCUCCUGACUUCUACCCUGAGCCGAACAAGUUUGAUGGCUAUCGAUUCUACCGCAUGCGCCAGGAGCGCGGAGAGGAGUUCAGGCACCAGCUCGUUUCGACUAGCGACUCGGAAAUCAAUUUCUCGAUAGGCGGUCGAGCUUGUCCGGGUCGUAUCUUCUUUUCAGCUUUAGAGAAGGUCGUGUUGUGUCAUUUGCUUACACAAUAUGAUGUACGUGUCAAGCCA